CACGUGUUGUGUUGUUAGCAACAUGCCUGUGGAAAACUGAAUUUUUUCGUUCAUCGCACCAAAAAAUUUUGUAUUUUAAAGUAUUAAAAAUGAUCUUACAAAUUAAAACAAUCUUAAAAUCAUUAACAUUUCAUCGAAGAAAUCUGUCGACUAACAGUUAUGUUGACUUUUUAUCUGGAACAGUUAUUUUCUCAAAAUCUAGAGACAUUUAUCGAAAUUUAUCCUUUGAAGAUUGGAUUUAUUCCAAGAUAGAUUUCAAGAAUAAGCAUCCUGGUUUGCUGUUAAUGUGGUGGAAUCGUCCUGCAGUAAUUAUUGGUCGUCACCAAAACCCGUGGGUUGAAUGCGACUUAAAAGUUCUUGAAGAAAAUAAUAUAAUGUUAGUUAGAAGAAACAGUGGAGGUGGAACUGUGUAUCAUGAUUUAGGAAAUCUUAAUUGUUCCUUUUUAACUUCACGUUCUAAAUAUAAACGUAGAACAAACUUGGAAAUCAUGUGUAAGGCUUUACAGAAAUGGAACUUUGAUGUUUCCAUAUCAGAAAGAGAAGAUAUUGUUAUUCAAGGAGAAUAUAAAAUAUCAGGUACUGCAUCUAAACUAGGCAGAGAUAAUGCUUAUCAUCAUUGCACAGUAUUAAUUUCUGUGAAGUCAGAAAUCCUGAAAGAAGUUUUGAAUAAGAAUAGAGAUGGAAUAAUCAACAAAGCCACUGAAAGUGUAAAAUCAAAAGUUAUCAAUUUGCAAGAGUUGUAUCCAAUUUUAGAAGUUGAAGAUGUUGCACAAGAAAUUGCAAAAUGUUUUCACAAUUUUUAUGGCAUCGAAGAAGACAGAGUUAAAUACAUUUAUCCAAAUGAAGAAAUAUAUAGUGGAAUUGAGGAGAAUAUGAGAAAUUUGAAGAGCUGGGAAUGGAUUUACGGACGAACACCUCGGUUUACUCUCCAUAAAGAAUUCAUAGUGGAAGAAACUAUAAAUCUACCUAUACGUUGCUCAAGUAAUCAUGAGACCAAUAAAUUAAUUAUUGAAGUUAUUAUUUAUCAUGGAAAAAUUGAAAAUAUUUAUUUGAAAUUGUCUGAUGUUGAAAUAUGUCCAUCAUUGAAGCAAUACUUUUGUGGAAUUUGCAUGAAAUCAGAUAUUAUAUUGCAAACUAUCAAGACCUGGACUGAACAUAAUAGUCAGCAUAAAGUAUUGGAAAAGUAUGUGAAACAAACGUUAUUAAGUAUAUUUUCAUAAAUAAAAUUUGAAAUAGG